AUUCGAGAAGUGAGGCCAAAGGUGACGUUAGUGGUGAGAAUGGCAGCAUCAGUGGCAAACUAUGAUUACAUUGUGGAUUGGGAGUUCCAAACGGACGGACUUAUCCGGGUUAAGGUUGGACUAAGUGGAAUAUUGAUGGUGAAAGGCUCUCCAUAUGUGAACAUGAAUCAAGUGAACCAAAAUGAGUAUCUCUAUGGUACCCUCUUAUCAGAAAACAUAAUUGGUGUAAUCCAUGAUCACUACAUAACUUUCCAUCUUGACAUGGAUAUCGAUGGAUCGAACAAUUCUUUCGUGAAGGUAAAUCUCCAGAAAGCAAUGACUUCUCCAGGCGAAUCGCCACGAAAAAGUUACUUAAAAGCAGUUAGAAAUGUGGCUAAAACUGAAAAAGAUGCACAAAUUAAGCUCAAGUUAUAUGAUCCUUCAGAAUUUCAUGUGAUUAAUCCUAGCAAGAAGUCAAGAGUUGGAAAUCCUGCUGGUUAUAAAAUUGUUCCUGGUGGUACUGCUGCUAGUUUACUUGAUCUUGAUGAUCCUCCACAGAAGAGAGGUGCUUUUACUAAUAACCAAAUUUGGGUCACUCCAUAUAAUGAAUCUGAGCAAUGGGCUGCUGGCUUGUUUGUUUACCAAAGUCAAGGUGAUGACACUCUUGCUAUUUGGUCUAACAGAGACAGGCCAAUUGAGAAUAAAGACAUAGUGUUGUGGUAUACAUUAGGUUUCCAUCAUAUUCCAUGUCAAGAGGACUUCCCAAUUAUGCCAACAGUAUCAUCAAGCUUUGAAAUAAAGCCAGUGAAUUUCUUUGAGAGCAACCCAAUUCUGAGCAUUCCACCUAAUUCUCCAAAUGACCUGCCAAAUUGCAAAGCUGCUGCUUCUGCUUGAUGAUCAGUUACACAAUGAAUAGUGUUCUUUCUCUUGUCAAAUGUGCAUAAUAUGUAAAAAUGAAGCCGCUAGACUUGGAUUUCGGGUACCUUAGUCUCAAAAUUUCAUGAAUAAAAAGUGAACGAGUUAGUUAAUUAGUUGCAGCUUCAUUUCCGAUGAUGUUGAAAUUAGGCAAAAGUUGUGUUUGACAGGGAAUUGAACACAAACAAUGAAACUUUGUAAAACUAAGCUAUAUGAAACUAUUGUGACACAGUUUGUAUCUUCAUAUAAAACAAUACUAUGGCCUAAAUAUGUCAAAUUGCAAUAGAUACAGGCUAAUUUCAUAUGAAACUGUGGAGUCAAAGCAAUUGCAACUUUGAACAAGUGAAGCAACAGUAUAGCAAUGGCGAAUUCCAGAAUGGCUGAUAAAAUAUGAAGUUAUCAUACUUUGAUAACACUAUUCUAACUAUUAUACAUAUUUUAUUUCAAAAUACUAGUGUACAUUUGUAGUAUCACAUCACUUAUUUUACAUUAUUGUAUUUGAUCUUAUAAAUACAAUAACCAGUGGGCAAAAUCAGUCUAGCCCCUUCUUUCAGAGUCUAUAUUACAUCUUCCUUAUAAUUUACUGGUUUUACUGAUAGAGUUCUAAAUGUGGUAACCUGGGCGUAGGGAUGGCGAAUAAGCUCUUGCUUUUCUUAAUGACAAGUCCAAAUCCAUCUGAAAGAUCAACUUUUUCGCGCUCUGGGAGUUUCCAAUCAAAGGAAUGCAGCGAUGAAGCCAAUACAAACAUAAGCAUUUUCUCAGCUAAAGGAAGGCCAGCGCAUAUUCUCCUCCCUGAUCCAAAUGGAAGGUAUUGUGUAUCCACCUACUAUUGCAGAUUUGCUCGGGCGCUUAGGGAUAAGUAAUGGUAAUGCAGGGUGCAGACGUAGCGUCUCCUUUAAAACUGCGUCAAGAUAGUGUAGUUUUGGCAAGUGGGAUUCUUCAACAAUGUUGUUCGUUCCUACGACAUGUUUCAAUUCUUGUUGAACCUUUGCCAUUAUCUCCGGGUUAUUAAGAAGCUCCGCCAUUACCCAUUCGACUGUUGUGAUUACAGUGUCAGUUCCACCAAUCACAAUAUCCUACUUAGCAAAAACAUAUAUGAAGUCGGGGGAAAGGAACAUUGUCAUCACAGGAAUUUAGUAAUGUUUGAUUUUAGCUGUAGGGGGACGCGACAUUCAUGUUUAGGUAUGUAUAUCUACCUCUUUUUAAGACUAUUAUAGCUAAUUAUGCUGCUCAAUCAUCUUAAGUAAGAACUGAAAUGUAUUCUCAUUUUUCUUUACUUUCUUAUCACAUUGAUCCUGUAUACUACUGUAAACACGAUUAAGCAGUUCGUAUAAGGCUGUUAAGUUUUCA